GCUGCUGCUGCUGCUGUUUCUUCUUCUUCUUCGGUCACGGCCGACGCACGCACUACCAUGAGAUCAUCGCCUUUGAGGGUGAGGUCCGUGAAGAGGAAGGACAACGAUGACGGGUCAAGCUCGAGCUUGAAAGGCACCCGAACAAAACCCGGAGCAACGACCAAGAGCAUCAAGCGCCGAGCGGAUGCCAUCAUCAAUUGGCUCUCCGUCAACGGCUGUGCUUCAGAGGUCAAGAUCCGAUCUGUUAUCGGUAACACUCCUGACACCAGCAAAGCCCUCCGAUUGCUGGUGAAGAAGGCCAAAGUGAAGCGUACGGGCACAGGAGGGCGCACAGAUCCCUUCCUGUACACGGUAGCACCGAAUGGGACGACACAGAGUUGAUUAUAGCUCUGCUUUUCAAGAUCUAUACAGAUGAUAAAUGAAACGAACCUCCUUACUUUUGACAUAGUUAGCUUAGUUUUACAAAUGUUUAGAAAAGAAUCAGGAGUCGGUAAAUGGCUCAUCUAUACCGGUUACUCUCGCUUUUCACUCAGCAGUUGCUUAAUCACUGUUCUUUACCUUGCUUUUA